GCGCGCGGCCCGGGGACCCGCCGGAAGAAGCAGCAGCAGCAGCUUCAGCGCGAGCUGGACGUGAACUGACAAAACACCGGCAGCACGAGCGACACCGAGGCGGUCAGCGGGGCGGAGAGGAGGAGGACGAGGAGGAGGAGGCACCUGCACCGCAACUCGUUCUCCCCCGCUGCCUCCAUCGUCUGUCCCUCUCUCUCUUCGCUCUCCUCACCCCUCGUUCCUCUCGGACCGCCGCCGCUUCCUCGUUAAGAUGGCUGACCCCAACAGCGACGGAGAGGUACCGGAGAGCGCGCGCGGCUUCGCCCGUCAGGGAGCCCUUCGCCAGAAGAAUGUGCACGAGGUGAAGAACCACAAGUUCAUCGCGCGCUUCUUCAAGCAGCCAACCUUCUGCAGCCACUGCACGGACUUCAUCUGGGGCUUUGGGAAACAGGGAUUCCAGUGCCAAGUGUGCUGUUUUGUGGUUCACAAGCGCUGUCAUGAAUUUGUUACCUUUUCCUGUCCGGGGGCUGACAAAGGUCCUGACUCUGAUGAUCCUCGUAGUAAACACAAGUUUAAGGUCCACACUUACUCCAGCCCAACCUUUUGUGACCACUGUGGCUCCCUCCUCUACGGGCUGAUACACCAGGGCAUGAAAUGUGACCACUGUAUGAUGAACAUCCACAAGCGGUGUGUGGCCAACGUCCCGAGCCUAUGUGGGACAGAUCACACCGAGAGGAGAGGACGCAUCCAAAUCUCUGCGCAGAUCACUGACGGCAUUCUCACCGUCACAAUCAAAGAGGCUAAGAACCUGGUGCCCAUGGAUCCCAACGGCCUGUCAGAUCCCUAUGUCAAGCUCAAGCUGAUCCCAGAUCCCAAGAGUGAGAGCAAGCAGAAGACCAAAACCAUCAAAUGUUGCCUCAACCCCACCUGGAAUGAAACCUUCACUUUCAAACUCAAAGAAAGUGACAAAGACCGCCGUCUGUCAGUGGAAGUCUGGGACUGGGAUUUGACUAGCAGGAAUGACUUCAUGGGAUCCCUGUCCUUUGGGAUCUCAGAACUGCUGAAACAAGGGGUAGAUGGAUGGUUUAAGAUGCUCUCCCAGGAGGAGGGAGAAUACUUUAAUGUUCCUGUGCAGCCAGAUGGAGAGGAUGGUAACGAGGAGCUGCGACAAAAGUUUGAGAGGGCGAGGGUGGGUCCAGGGAAGACAGCAGACUCUUCUUCUGCCUCCAUGAUGUGCAAGUAUGACAGCAAUGGCAAUCAAGACCGGGUCAAGCUCUCGGACUUCAACUUCGUCAUGGUUUUGGGCAAGGGUAGCUUUGGCAAGGUGAUGCUGGCUGAGAGGAAGGGAACCGAUGAGUUGUACGCCAUCAAAAUCCUGAAAAAGGAUGUGGUGAUCCAGGACGAUGAUGUUGAGUGCACCAUGGUUGAGAAGAGAGUCCUUGCUCUGUCUGGGAAACCACCUUUCCUCACUCAGCUGCACUCCUGUUUCCAAACCAUGGACCGAUUGUAUUUUGUCAUGGAGUAUAUAAAUGGAGGAGACCUCAUGUACCAGAUCCAACAGGUCGGCAAGUUCAAGGAGCCUCAUGCUGUGUUCUAUGCUGCAGAGAUUGCCAUUGGACUCUUCUUCCUUCACUCCAAAGGCAUUGUGUAUCGGGAUCUGAAGCUGGAUAACGUGAUGUUGGACUCUGAAGGCCAUAUAAAGAUAGCCGACUUUGGCAUGUGCAAAGAGAACAUGUACGAUGGAAUUACCACAAAGACAUUUUGUGGAACACCAGACUACAUCGCUCCAGAGAUCAUAGCUUAUCAGCCAUACGGGAAGUCUGUGGAUUGGUGGGCCUUUGGAGUACUGCUCUAUGAAAUGCUUGCUGGACAGCCGCCUUUUGAUGGGGAGGAUGAAGAUGAGCUGUUCCAGUCGAUCAUGGAGCAUCAUGUCUCUUACCCUAAAUCCAUGUCCAAAGAAGCUGUUGCUAUCUGCAAGGGGCUGAUGACCAAACACCCAGGUAAGCGUCUUGGCUGUGGCCCAGAGGGGGAGAGGGACAUCAAGGAGCAUGCCUUCUUCCGCUAUAUAGACUGGGAGAAACUGGAGAAUAAAGAGGUCCAGCCGCCUUUCAAACCUAAAGCUUGUGGGCGUGAUGCGGAGAACUUUGAUCGCUUUUUCACGCGCCACCUCCCAGAGCUGACCCCCCCAGAUCAGGAGCUUAUAGCCAACCUGGACCAGGAAGAAUUCCAAGGCUUCUCAUUUGUUAACCCUGAGUACCCUCACUCAACUCACUGACCAUGCCUCAUAUCACUGGGCUGCACUAGUUAUCCCCGACACCUCGGAAACAUACUCAAAAAAGAUAAAACUUAAAAAAUUGAUGUCAUAUCCAGGUUGGAUUCGGCAAGGUGAAACGUUAAAGGUAUAGUUCAACAUUUCUGGAAAUAAGCAUAUUCGGGGUUAUUUUUCUGAGAGUUAGAUGAAAAGAUCAGUCGGUCUGUGUGCAUAAAUUACAGAGCUGAUAAAGACUGGAAGCAGGAGGAAACAACUCCCAGCUCUCUAAAAAAAACUACUCUCUGAGUAAAAAAAAAAUAAGGGUUUAAGGGGAAGUUAAGUUUUGUAACCAUUGUAUGGGUGAGCAGAGAUGUUGCAGAGAAGUGCUGGGUUGACAAACUGUUAGGGAGUUACACCAUAUAACUCCUCCUAAAACUGGGCAGCCUGAUAUCACCAAAAGACAUGAAUAACACGCCAAUUUCUAAACUGGGAAAUUGUCGCACAACAGCUUCAACCAGCAAGGCAUGGGUCACAUGACAGACGGAGACAGCUGAAGGCAUUAGAAAGCUACUUAAUGUUAGUACUGCUAGCUUGUCCACUGGUACCAACUUAUCAGUGGUGAAGCGCAAACAACUGCCUAUGAAAGUAAAACUGUCCACAAUGACAGGAAAAAAGCUUGUUAAUCAUCCAGUCGUGUUUAUUCUUUAUGUUUAGUUUUUAAUAAAGCAGUAGCUUACCUUAUCACUGUGAUUCAAAUGUAAUCAAGGGGGAAAAAAUCCCAUCAUCAUCAGCUGUACUUAGCAAAAGUUAGCACGCUGACACCCUAAACUAAGAUGAACAUGGUGAGCGUUAUUAACCUAUUUAACCUGCCAAACAUCAGUACGUUAACGUCAUUUUGAGCAUGUUAGCAUGCUGACGUUAGCAUUUAGCUCAGAGCACCACUGUGCCUACGUACAGCCUCACAGAGCCACAGAGCAUGGCUGUAGAUUCUUAGUGUUGUCAAAUUUUUGUCAAAUUCUUUGAUGUGAAGGUCUGUUGCCUAGCAAAAGACUCGCGCCAAGCUCACACAGCCAGUAGUAGUCAGCCAGCAGAAAGCAUGCAAGCACAUCACAAGCUGUCUUGCUUGGUUACCACCAUCAGUCACGUGACUCUCGCUUUGCAGGUUGUUGCAAAUUGUUGUUUUUACAUUUCUCUUUGUACUUGGAUUAAGGAAAUGAGAUAAAACAUCGUAAUUAGUAAACUUUAGUCCUGGCAACUGUACUUUUGAGGAGAGCCAGGCUAGCUGUUUCCCCUGGUUUCCCGUGUUUAUGCUAAGUUAAUGGCCUCCGUGCUCCAACUCUGUACCAAACGUGAAGACAUGAGAUUGAUAUCAAUCCUUUCAUCUAACUCUCGGAAAGAAAAUGUCCAGAAUAAGCCCAAAAUGCCAAACUAUUUCUUUAAAUAAUGUUCAGAUGGAAAUACAGACACAGGUGCUCAAAUGCUAACAAUCAGGAGAAAUAAUCCCGUAUUCAUAUGUCAAGUUGCCAGUAGGAGACUAGUCUCGUUUCCAGCUGUUUCCAGGUUUGCUUUGGUUUAACAUGUCACGUUACACUUGCUUUCAUAUCAGCUCUGCUGGCUGUAUUUCUAUCUUUAGUGCAGAUAUGUUGCUCCUGAAUGCUGCCCAGCUGCUCAAACCAGCAGGUUCAUGCCUGAGUCCAACCUCAGGGCCGACCUGAACCUGCUCCGUCUCUGUGUCACGCUCCCUGUAAUUGCAUAUUGACUAUAACGACCUAUCAGUAAUCUUGAUGAGUACUAUGAUCACAUAUUGGUAAUAUUCAUACAGUGUAAGUGAAAACUGACCAACUGCUUUGCUAUGAUUGUUUGAGUACUAAUCAGUUUCCUAAUGUUGACUUUUAAUUUUGUCUAUAGGACCAAAUACACUUUCUGUUCAGUCAGUGUUGUGGUGAGCUUAUCUUGAAAUUUUUGCGGAUUUAAUUUUUAACCAGUCAGAGAAUAUAAGUCUUUAUACAUGCAGUCUGCAAGAGUGAAAGUCUGCGUCUAGUUAGUGAUUUUUGAUUGAAAGCUCAUUACUUUUCUCCUGAUUCAUUAUUUAGAACAUUCACCACAUUACGCUGUGUUUUUAAUGACAGAGGGCAUGUAUCUCUUAGCUUGUAAACAAUAAUUUUUGGAGAAUUUCACGUAUGACAAAGUCUUGUUGAGUCUCGUGAAGCUGGUAGUUUGUUAGCUUACAAAAACAGGAUGUCCAAAAGUGCCAAAAUAGGGUUUAGAAUAAUGAGGAUGUGGGAAAAUAUUGUCCUCAACAACUGUGAUGAAGGGAAGCCAUCUUGUGCCAUUUUGCAGUACAUGUAUAAUUAUUAGAAUAUGCAUUAUAGCUUAUCUGUUCUCCAACAAUACAGUACCCUUGGAAAGUCAUUUUCAUAUAUAAAAUGAAUUGUUUGAGAAGACGUGUGUUUCAUAGUGAGGCAGGUUGUAUUAUCUUUUUGUAACUGUGUAACGAUGCAGGUUAGUAAAAUGUGUCAAAUCAUGUUCUUUGAGCUUGUAUCAAAAAGAGAGGCAGCUGCUUGGUGACGUCACAGAUUUGUUUCUGUUAUAUAAAGAUGCUCGCUGAUAAAGAUGAUGAUUCUGCCAGGUGAAAAAAGCAAGCGCUUAUUGUGAUGAUGGUAAUGGUGACAAAUCAGUGUUGUCAUAACAAGAGAUAUGACAGAGCAAAAAAUAUAUAUUGAGUUCUAUAUAUCAGAGAAAUAUUUGGAUAAAUUGUUCUGGAUGAGAGAGAUGCUUUUGUGGAUUGUGUAAUUGUCCUGUACGACUGGAAACUGAUAAUAUACUCACUGGUGCCUACCAGACUCCCUC